UGUGAACAUAUGACACAUGACUCACAUGUCAUCGAAACACAUGGUUUGGCGCUCUUUGCAGGCAAUCAUCACUCAAACCAUUGUUUAGGGGUUUGUCGAGCAGUUCACCACUAAUUGUCACCACUAAUCACAUCUCAAGACAUAUACCACUGCACACAACACUCAUCACAUAUGGCCGAAGAGAAUCAAUUGGACAUACCACAAGAGCCCACAUUUCUGGCGUAUUAUCGAUCGCUGGGUUCGUGUCCACCGAAGACGCACCGGCUGUUUGAUAGGGGAGACUAUUACACACUCCACGGCCUGAACGCCGAAGUGAUCGCCAAAUCGUUUCUGUGCACCACUUCUGCCAUCAAAUACAUCGGAAGCGAUAACCAGAAGCUCCCUUCCAUUGCCAUAUCUCAGGCCAGAUAUGAACCACUGCUGAGACAUAUUCUCAUUGAAAACAAAGAGCGCUUAGAGGUAUACAAGAAAUGCGUCAAAAAGAAGUCCUCAAACGACUGGCAGUUGGACCUGAAGGCCAGUCCCGGAUGUCUGGGUCCUCUCGAAGACAUUAUCUACUCGACGAACGCCUCGAUUGAUAGUCGAGGUGUUUGUGCCAUUCAGUGGUCUAAUGAUCUCAAGAUUGGCGUCGCUUUCAUCGAUACCACCGUUAAUGAGAUCUCUUUUUGCGAGUUUGAAGACAACGAGUAUUUGUCUCAUUUGGAGAGUCUUUUGGUGCAAAUCAGUCCUAAAGAGUGUCUCAUUUGCACUCAUGAUAAACAAGAGUCCACUUCCAAGAAGUUGUCUACAAUAUUGGAUAACAAUAGGAUUCUUGUCACUUCAGUUAAGAGGAAUUGUAUGAAUGCCUCGAAUCUGGAAUCAGAUUUGGAGAAAGUCUUAGUUAAAAGAGAUAAUAAGGAAAUCGCUAUUAAUUCAAUGUUAGAGAAGAAGUCGCUCUCAAGAGAAGCCAUUUCUGGAGUCUUUGAUUAUCUCAACCUUUUGGGCGAUGACUCGAGUUAUGAAAGUUUUGAACUCAAAGAAAUCGAUGUCAAAGAGUUCGUCAAAUUGGACGCAACGGCUGUCCAUUCGUUGGACUUAUUUCCCAAUUUGCUCAACGAUUCCAUGUCUAUGAGAGCCAAUAGGACUCUGUUUCAAGUGCUCAACAAUUGUCGCACACUUUCCGGACAGAGAUUAUUGGCUCAACUCAUUCGCCAG